CGUGAGGCUCCCACUGGCUCCGUCCAAAGCCAUCUUUGCAUUGUUCCUGCCUCGGCCGUCCAGGGGCUGCUUUUCCUCUCGCCCCCUCGCUGCGCCGCCGGAUCCGAGUGCGCUCCGGGGCUUAUUUUUGUACCGAGCUCUAUUUUCCAGACGCCCCCCGCAGCCAUGUCGGACACGGCCGUGGACACCAGCUCCGAGAUCUCCACUAAGGACUUGAAAGAGAAAAAGGAAGUUGUUGAAGAGACAGAAAACGGCAGAGAUGCGCCGGCCAACGGUAACGCGGCGAACGAGGAAAACGGGGAGCAGGAAGCAGACAACGAGGUAGAUGAAGAGGAAGAUGAAGUUGGCGACGAUGAGGAGGAUGAGGAAGAAGGUGAUGGAGAAGAAGAAGACGGUGAUGAGGAUGAUGAAGCUGAGGGCCCCACGGGCAAGCGGGCAGCUGAGGACGACGAGGAUGACGACGUCGAUCCCAAGAAGCAGAAAACUGGUGAAGAUGACUAGGAAGAAGCAGAGUGAAAGACACCAACAAUUUUUUUUAAACUUAACAAGAGGAAAAAAUUUUUAAAAGGCCAGCGUGACCUUCUACACCUUUGAAAUUUCCCGUUGCAGACACGCUCUCCCCCCCCCCUGCCACCCCCUUCUUGCUGUGGUCACUGUCAUAAAGUAGAGAGAAAAAGCCCCACGGAAACCGAUGAGCUGCUGCCAUCCCGCUUUGGAAUGGGGAAAAAUAAAAAAAACUCCCUGACCUAUUGCCACUGGGGUGGGGGGGAAGCAGAGACACGGUUCCCUUCCCUCCCCCCCUUCUCUCCCCCCCGGCACCGAAAACUUCAAGGCCCUACUUGCUUUCUUAAAAGUAACUUUAAAGGAGAAUUUGUUUGUAUUUUUUAUUUACAUUUUAUAUUUUUGUACAUAAUUGUGACGAGGUCCGCCAUUUUUAACGCGAUCUCCGAUUGACCAAAAGGGGGGGGGCUUUGAAGUGUGUGUUUUUUUUCCUCUGUUCCUAAAACGAAAUGGAAAAAAAAAAAUUCUUGACUUUACUUGUGGUGUGACCAUAUGUCCAAACCAUUAUCUCAAAGGAGAAGGGAAAAAAAGACCUUGUACAAAAAAAAAAAUUUCAAAAAUGCAAAAAAAGUCCAAUCUUUAUUCUGAGCAUUCCAGUAACUCUUUUGUGUAUGUACUUUAGCUGUACCAUAAGUAGUUGGUUUGUAUGAGAUGGCCAAAGAUAAAAAAGGGUUUUUUCUUUUUUUUCUUUUUUUUUCUUUUUGUCUAUGAAGUUGCUGUUAAUUUUUUUUGGCCUGUUUGAUGUAUGUGUGAAAACAAUGUUGUCCAACAAUAAACCGGAAUUUUAUUUUGCUGAGUUGUUUUAACGAA